AUGCCGAAGUUGAUGGUCAAGCCAAUAGUACCAAAGCAUUUCAUACAGUUCGGGCAACAAGGACCACCCGGAAAAGCCGGAUACCCCGGACCACCAGGAGAAGCAGGCUUGCCAGGCCUUCCAGGAAUUCCCGGACUAAAGGGCGAACCUGGACCUCCCGGACUCGUUGGAAACCCUGGACGAGUUGGUCAGCCAGGUUUCCCAGGUCCACCAGGAAUACCAGGUGGACCGGGAGCAUGGGCACCUUCUAGAGGUUUCACCUUCGCAAAGCACUCACAGACAACCGAAGUCCCCUCAUGCCCACAAGGAGCCACACCUUUAUGGACGGGUUAUUCUCUUCUGUAUGUACAAGGAAACGGUAGAUCCAGCGGACAAGACCUUGGUGAGAAUAACUUACCUAUUCGUCGUGUUUACCCGUAUGAAACCUAA